AUGGACCUAGUUUUAAUAGGACAGGUAGCCCUUCGAAGCAUGGCUCUUAAGCUCGUGGCUCUCGCCACGCUGGCUUCUGCACACAAGCCCGUCUUCGACUACACUUUGGCCGUAAACUGUCCGAUCUGCAGACAGUACGGGAACAGCACGGUGAAGGAGAUCUACAGUACUCCUGGUGUUCAAGAAGGUGUACACUUCCAGCUUCACAUGGGCAUCCGCAAAGGACAGGACGGCAGCUACGAGUGCGUGCUAGAAGAGCCUGGUUGCCCCAUGACGCGAUAUUUCCUUUGUGCACAGCGAGAGGCCAACAGCACAGGCGCAGACAUCAUGAGGUUCCUAAACUGCUUCAACGAGAGCCCGCUCGUAGAGCCGAAGGACAAGCAAGCGCUGGUCGCUCGCGUGCAUGGCUGCAGCUCUCUAGCCAGCAUCGAGGUUCCCAAGGUGGAGACCUGCAACGCGGAAAUGGGCGACGAACUCCUUGCAGAGGCUGAGAGCUACUUCGUCACCCGCUUCCCCGAGUUUUCCAAACCCGGUCCUGGACCCUUCGGCGUGCCCCAUGUCUUCAUCGAUGGUGUGCAGGUGGGUCCUCACGGGUAUGCACGCCUCGCCAACUACAGCAAUACCAUGAAGCUGCUGUGCGAUGCAGGGCUGGAAGCUAGCGCCUGCCAGCAGGCGAAGCUCUUCGACGAGGAGAUGCAGGUCUUGCAUACGACGACGGAGGGCAAGUUCUCAGGUGGAGCUUUGGUGAAGGAGAUUAUCGUGCGGGCGAAGCACCUGGAAGGCUCCAGUAACCUGAACCUCAAUGUGUACUAUCCUGGUACCAGCGAAGAGAUCCUCGGGACCACCACAGUGGGCUACAUUGAUUCCUUGGCAAGCGAGCCCAAAACUGGUGGUGGCCGUGCCAUGUGGGACUUCAUCUCAGGCAUGAACUUCAUUUGCAUUGCCUGCCACUCGAUCCUGCUGCAGAAGACAGUGGACUUUUGGCAGGCUCGUGGAAUGCAACACAUGGAUCCAUCCAGCGAGAAGGAUUGCAACGCUUUUCGACAGCUCGUGAUGGUCCACACCAUGGGCAAGGUCGUCUGCGAGCUGCAGGACCUUCAGGAGGCGCUGCCGAAAAGCAAGCUGCCUUUAUUUGUCUGGGUUCCUUCCCGCUUUACGGAGGUGGACUCAGACCUCCACGCCAACUACGUCUUCCGCCCCGACGAGGGGGCGCAGGCUGACAUCAUGCCACGCAUUGGCAUCGUUUUCGAGCUUCGCCACUGUGACACAAAGCCUGGUGAAAUGGUUUGUGUGCGUGGCUCCUUGGAAAGGCUGGGAAGCUGGGAUCUCGAGUGUUCCGACUAUGGCUUGCUCCACCUGCAGACGGAUCCUGCAAGGUAUCCCAGAUGGACGUCGCGCACGCCCAUCUGGAUUGACACAGCGGACUGCACACCGAUCACCGGCAAGGCCUCGAAGGACGAUCUGAGGCUUCGCAAGAACACUUCCAUCAGCUUUCAGUACAAGUAUCUCAAGGACCGACGCUCCUUCGUGAAGGACCCCUCCGAACAAGACCUCGCCUAUGACUGGGAGGUGGCGGUGCCCAAUCGAACGGUCUCCGUGACCGUCGAAGAUGGAGCCGUCUUCGUGGUCAGCGACGAAAGCUGGAAUCGCCUGGGGCAGACGGUCAUCACGCAGAUCCGGAGAUCCAAGGAUCAGAAGAAGCCCAGCUCACCACAACCCGAGCCGGCGAAGGACUGGGCGAAGUGGAGCUUCAUCCUCAGUCCGCGGGGCCGGGAGGACAAGGCGGAGGUUCAGUUCCCGAUUGAGCAGGAGUUCAGUGCCCUUGACAGCAGCAAGGCGAAGCAGCAGAGCAAGUUUGUAUGGCUGGAGAAGCAGUCGGAGGCGUUGCAGCGAGAGAACGCUUUGCUCCGACAGCGUCUUCACAGCCUUGAGGCGGUGGUGAGUGAAUCGCAGUACGGACACCUCCUGACGCCGCAGAUCACGCCGGAGAGUACCGACAUUACGGAUGCGGUGUCGCCUUAUGACAGUGAGAGUGGGGCGGCGCAGUCAGGCAGCAAUAGCCUCCUGCGAGAGAUUUCUUUCUCCCCUCCCCACUCACACGGCAAGGAGAAACGCGCCGCUGUCUCCCUCGCGACUCUCGAGGUUGCAGGGGAGAUGACGGGGAAAGCCGCGGCCAUCCGCAAAAGUUUCCAACGGCCGAAGCUGUGGGUCACAGGCUUCCGCAUUUCUGCCAGAGGCUUUGGCUGGUGCCUGGCAUCCUGUGCGGGAGCUGCCAACAUCAUUGCCUUCAAGUGCUUUGGCCACUAUGCCUCUCAUGUGACUGGCAGCACAUCCGCCAUGGCCUUUCGCCUGGAAGGCUAUCAUCAAGGCGAGUAUGGCUCCGAGUCCUUGAAAGAGGCGUGCUCACUGGUCUUGUGCUUCCUGGCGGGUGCAUAUACCUGUGGAAUCUUGAUUGACAAGAACCAGGUGCACUUCCUUGGGAAGGCUUUCUAUGGGAUGGCUCUGGUGCUGAAUUCUGCUUUGCUGGUUUUGGCCGCUUUUGUCCCUGGCCGACUGGUGCCAACCUGCUUCGUUGCUGCUGCUUGCGGCUUACAAAAUGCAAUGUGCACAUCUCACUUCGGCGCCAUCAUCCGCACCACUCACGUGACAGGGACGGUGACAGACAUCGGAUCUACCAUGGGCCGCAUCAGCAUGAUCUGGCUACGAAGGGCAAUCAACCGAACUGCGCUCAACGAUAUCGAUCGUGCGGAGAUUGCGGUGGAUACUCAGAAGCUCGGAAUUUACAUGGAGAACGUCAUUCCGGGCCCCAAGGCCCUUCUUGUGCCGGCUUCGGUAACUGGGUCAAUCGGACUUUUCUACAUGGCUUGCCGCCAGCUCCUCAAGGUUGAGCUGGACAAGGAGAUGGGUCACAUGAUAGAGGCCCUCCAUGAAGUGGAGGCAGACUUCGAGAAUGUCUGCUACCAGCAGGAGGGCCGCAGGUCGCUGGAUUCCACGCAGCUAGCGGUGCAGUCUGCGACGUGA